GGAAACUUUAAAGUGACCCAUCCCUAGCGUCGACUUACUGUAGGCCCACAAUCGAUAUAGGGUGUCGUCGUGUCGAGAAGGGAAUACACGGCGCUCAAGAACCGAUACUCCGAUAGCCGUCGGACUGCGAGAGAAAGCAAACCACCAUGACGUCUUCUCUAUCGCCACCGGAGGUUCCUAUGAAGCUUCACUCAGUGAACCGCGAGAAGCUCCUCAAUUCUCUACGAGCCAAUCUCUCUUCUUUCUCUCGUCCCUCUCAAGGCUUUGUGUUCUUGCAGGGAGGCGAGGAUCAAAGUAGAUACUGCACUGACCACGAUGAGCUGUUUAGACAGGAGAGCUAUUUUGCGUACCUGUUUGGAGUAAAAGAGCCUGGGUUCUAUGGAGCUAUUGAUGUAGCAAGUGGGGAGUCAAUGCUCUUUGCUCCCAGAUUAUCAGAUUCCUAUGCAGUUUGGCUGGGAGAAAUAAAGCCUGUAUCCUACUUCAAGGAAAAAUAUAGGGUUAACAAGGUCUUUUAUACAGAUGAGAUUGUCCAUGUUUUGCUUGAUCUCUAUAAAGGAAAGGGCAAUCCCUUGUUGUUUCUUCUACAUGGGCUCAACACUGACAGUGAUAAAUUCUCAAAACCCGCAGAAUUCCAGGGCAUUGAGAGCUUUGAGAGAGAUUUAGAUGCAUUACAUCCUAUUUUGGCUGAAUGUCGUGUUAUAAAGUCAAAUUUGGAGCUUGCUCUCAUCCAAUUUGCCAAUGAUAUAAGCUCAGAAGCUCAUGUUGAGGUUAUGCGAAGUAUAAAAGUGGGUAUGAAAGAAUACCAGUUAGAGAGCAUGUUUCUUCAUCAUACCUAUUUUUUUGGUGGAUGCAGGCAUUGUUCGUACACAUGUAUAUGUGCUACCGGUGAAAAUGGUUCUGUUCUCCAUUAUGGUCAUGCGGCAGCUCCAAAUGACAAGAUAUUGCAAGAUGGAGAUAUGGCACUGCUUGACAUGGGAGCUGAGUACAAUUUUUAUGCUUCAGAUAUAACUUGUUCCUUUCCUGUGAAUGGAAAAUUUACUUCUGACCAGUCUCUCAUAUAUAAUGCUGUUCUUGAUGCUCAUGAUGCUGUUAUAUCUACUUUGAGACCUGGAGUUUGCUGGGUUGAUAUGCACAAAUUAGCAGAAAAAGUAAUAUUAGAGUCAUUGAAAAAAGGGAACCUAUUAACAGGUGAUGUUGAGAGGAUGAUGGAUGAGAGAUUAGGGGCUGUGUUCAUGCCUCAUGGUCUGGGUCACUUCCUUGGUAUUGAUACUCACGAUGUUGGAGGCUUCAAGAAGGGAGAGGAGAGACCAAAAGAACCAGGGUUGAGUGCUCUACGUACAAGCAGGGAACUUUCGGAAGGAAUGGUGAUAACAGUGGAGCCGGGAUGUUACUUCAUUAACGCGUUACUACUUCCUGCAAUGGAAACUUCAAAAACAUCCAUUUUUUUCAAUCAUGAGGAGAUCUGCAGAUUCAAAUGUUCUGGUGGUGUUAGAAUUGAGAGUGAUGUUCGGAUUACCUCAGAUGGCUGCAUAAACAUGACUAAAUGCCCUCGAAAGAUUGAAGACAUUGAAGCUGUGAUGGCAGGCGCUCCAUGGGCCAUCAAUAGACCGGUAUGAGUUAUUCACUUCAUUUAGGAAGUUUGUGACUGGCCUGACUGGCUGGCUAAGUUCGUUUUAAAGAUUUGAAUUGGCAAGCUCAGCUCAGCUCUCCGCUACAUUUGAAGUCCAAGUAUAACUUGUACCAAUACAAUCGCCAACUCAUUAAAUUUUAUGUAUGUUUUAACUUCUUUGCAAUAAAGGUCCUUGGUUUCUGGUUAGUUCAGGCCAUUUUUAACCAUUUGAUACUCUCCGCAUCCAGAAAAUUUAUGGUUAGGAC